AUGAGUGAAAGUGCCAAAAGUCAGAAGGCUUAUGCCACGCUUGCUGUUGUCACACAGUUGGUAAUGGCACUACUUUCAUUGACAGCUGGUAUAUUUGCCAUCGUUAUUUAUGCUCUUCCUCAACAUCAUGAAAAGAAUCUCGAAAUUCAAUGUCCAAUUGAUCGUAUUCAAAUUUUCACUCUAGUAUUUGGUGUCUCGGAAUUGUGUUGUUUUGCAUUGGCUGUUCUUUCUCCUUUAAUUUACUUGAUUGAAGUUCGUUUAAGAGAGGGCUUCCAUCCUGGACUCGUUUCUCAAUGUUUGAUUGUUUUGAGAGUUUUACUUGGAUUUGUUUCUGCUGGAUUUUUAAUUAAGAACGCUCACUCGUUUUAUACAAGUUUGUGUAAUAUCGAGUUAGCCACCAGAACUGAAUACAGUGCCAUGCUAAUUACUGGAUUGUGCAUUGUUAGUAUCUUUCUCUUGAUUGUGGUUGCCAUCUUUGUCUUGUUCCUCAUUUAUGGAUGUUUCACCAUGCAAUCUCAGGAAGAAUCUGCAAGUCGUAUACUCCCAAAUUCAUCCAAAUAUGAUCCAGUACAAGAUGAGGACUUUAUCGAACAAGAGGAGCAUGAUCAUCAUGAUGCUGCUGUUGAUGUUUCAACCGAAGACUCUAAACGUGAGAGUAAUAUUCGAAUCAACCGAAAUACUGAUGGUCAAUAG